AACUAGAUCUACUUCUGGUUCAUCAGGAUGGCAUUAAACUGAAUUUCGUUAUUAAAUAUUCAACAUUUUAUACGUGCUUGGUUACCAAUCAGACAAAUGUUCAAAUGCAGAUUGAACAGUCGAGACCGGUAGCACAUGGUUCAUUAAGUUUGCAAGCUAUAUGUAGUGUAUUCAUGGUGUAACCAAUACUUGACAUCAACAUCGAACCCCUUGUGGUAGCGAAAAAAGGUUUAGGAAAAUCGCUUCCGACUUGCCGGUUGUCUAUGGUUACUGUGCAUAACAAACAGUGCCGCAGUAGUCAGAACAGCUGGUGCGAAAAUUCAGUGCACUUUCCAUUACAGAAAUUUUAUUGAAAGCAAAACAAAAACUGCUGCUAGUGUGAUUCGCAAAAUAAACUCCUUUAUUUUGUAGCGUUUGAGGUGUAAAUGAGAAAAGAAAUCCGUCUAAAUAUAUGGAAAGAUAAGGCAAUAGCUUGAAAUCGAUUGAAACCAGUGAAAUCUAAUUGAAUAGAAGAUGUCAUCCAGCAUACUGUCUUCGUGAGUAUCGAGUUUAAUGGCCAUAAGAAGGGAGUAUCUACUGGAUUCAUGAGAUUCUGAUAAUUGAGUUUCGUGAUAAGUACUAUAACAACUUAAAGCUUCACAAUUAAUGGUUUGAAAUUUGGAUUUCCAUGCGAAGUAUGGAGAGUUUAUACUCCAACAAAAGUUCAAACUUUUCUGCGCUUCACCGGCGAAAGGUGACAGCUGCCCGGCAACCAGCGAUUAUAAUAGCAUCUAGUAACGACGUCCGACAUCGAGUUAUGUCGGCACGUGUCUUGCGCUUCAAGCAAUUACAAAACCAGUUGGAAGUCGCUCACCAUCAAAUUGCUGAAUUGACAAAAGAUAAUAGACUUUUGCGGGCUCUGCAAAAGCGACAGGACUCUGCGUUAUCCAAAUAUGAAAAUUCGAAUGCAGAACUACCGAAACUAUUACACUCGCACGCUGAAGAAAUCCGUACGUACCAAACUAAAUAUCGGAAUCUUCAAAAUCAAAAUAAGGAAUUGCUCAAUAAACUAAAGCAUAAGGAUGCACACAUUUUGACCAUAACUGAUCAAAAUAAGCAUUUAGUUCAGCUAAACAAAGACAAGCAUCUGGAGGAACGCGAAAGAUUAGCAGAACGUGUCCGAGACUUAGAGAGUCGUUUAAUAGAAAAAGACAAUGAUGCAAAACUUUUGGCUAGACGGCUGCAACUCGAGUCGAAGAAUUUCAAAGGACAAAUUCAACAAGAAGUUCUCAAGCAACGUGAAAUUAGUCAAAAACUGGAACGAGCGCACCACGAAAUCCAACGGUUGAAUUCCGUUAUUGAGAUCUAUGAAAAACGAACACCAUCAACAUUGCUAAAAAAUAGUAGUUAUCUGAUGAAACCUCCCAAACCAACAUCUGGACAGCUGUCCCGACUUUCCAAUGGUUCACCAGUAAAACCAGCAUUUCCGUUACAGAGUUUGGCCGAACCAGUACCGGUGACAAGCAUGGAGAUUGCUCCCAAAAAACUGCCUGAUGAAGGAGACGGUGAUCACCGUUCAUUGAACCCUAGCCCGAAAGCACUUAAACCAAUUGGAGUCAUCGAAGAUCCGACACCCGCAGUAACACCAGCAAAAUCAUACCGGUCGAAAAAGAAGCAUUUCACACAAGCAGUUUGCGAGGAAACAGACAAUAACAAUUGCGAAAAAAAUGAUAAAAAGGGAGAGCAUCCUUACGAUGAAACUUUUUGUAAAGAUUUUAAUCAAUAUGCUCUUCAGCAAGAAGCUGAGUUUGAAGAGACGAUCGAAAAUGAACUUUCUAGAUUAAAGCAAGGUAUUUCUACCGAUGCACCAAAAGCUAAUCUUUUGCGAAGACGAAAGCAUUUUACUACCACUGAAAUUUCUUACGAUGAUGAUUUUGAGCCUGAGCUAUCGCCCGAGAAAAAUCACAACGGAAUUAUAGAGAUCUAUAACCAUAAGGCCCAUAUCUCAGAGUUGGAGGAACAAAUUCGCAAUAUGGGAGGACCUUUGAUGAAUGGUAAGGGAAUAAAAUACAGCAAUGGGCCGACAAAUGUUUCGCCCGGAGAAACAGAUCAAGAGUCUAACACGAGCACAAGUGUAAGUCGAGAUUCUUCGUCGAAAGAGUUUGAAAGUUUGAAAAAAGAAAUACGACAAAGUAUAUUGAAGAAAGAAUGUUUGCUUGAUCAGUUUUGUGACGAAGUGAUUGGAAAUGAUACACAAUCGAAAUCAUACUCUAACAGUCGCAUAAAAGACAGCCAUAAGCGAUCUCAAAUUGAUCCUAAGAAGAAGAAAAACUUGCUGGAAGCAUUAAAGGCUAUUGACGGAGAAGGUGUCAAAUAAUAUGAAUUCGAAGCAGGUGCAUUUUAUCUAUACUUAACAAUUAUUUAUUGGGCUGAUGUGCGCGUUUUUUACCACUGGCUGUUAGAUUCAAAUGUAUAUAUUUGUCAACUCAAUAUUUGAAAUAAAUCUAUAUUUUAACUACA